AUGCCCGCCCUACCUUCCAUCUCAUCGCACCCUUCACCUACGCACCCAGCUCUCCCACCCCACCCCAGCGGCUCUCCCCACGCCCCUCCCCCCACGCAUUUCCCCCAUGCCCCGCCGCUCACAACCCUCUCCCCACGCAACCCCCUCACGCCCCGCCCCCCACGCCCCUACCCCUACGCCCUCUUCCCCCACGCCACGCCCUCUCUCUCUCUCCCCAUGCCGUGCCCACCUCUGUCGCACAGCCCUGCAUCCCCCAUCGCUGCCACCUCCUCCAACGCCUCCACUGCUCCCGUGCUAUCAUGGCUGUGGGGGGCCGAGAGCAUGGACAAGGGAGUGCAGAGGCGGGCGGCCAGCGGGAAGAUGCGUCAAGGGAAAGGGGGCGGAGGAAGGGGUGCGGUGUCAGCGGCGCAAGAAAAGGGGUUCAGAGUAAGCGGCGCGAGAAAAGGGGUUCAGAGUAAGCGGCGCAAGAGAAAGGGUUCGGGGGAAGGAGUGCGGGGCAAGGGGUGUGGGGGAACUUGUGCGGGGGAAGGGGCGCAGGAAAGGAGCGUAGGAGGAGGGGCGUAUAAGCAAACACACACUCUCAGGCACGUCUGCGCGAACGCAAUCAUCUCAUCCGCGAGACUCCGUUGUGACCCGCCUCCUGCCGCUUCCGCGUCAUCCCCGCUACUCGCUGCUCCUUCCGCGACAUCCCCGCUGAAAGCUGCUCCGCUACGCACAGCUGGAGCCGCUGCACCCGCAGAGCUGGCAAAACCAGUCGGGACUGCGGAAAGACGGGAAGCGGAGGCGAAACUUCUCGCCCCCUUUGUAGUGUCAACGUUUUCCUUUGAGAUAUUGGCUGCUGCGGUUGUUGCUUAUGAGCCUCGGGCUGCGGAGACUCACCAAUGGCAGCGCGGGUUCGCGGCGAAGGACAUCCGGUUCGGCGUGGAGGCGCGGGCCGCCAUGCUGCAAGGCGUGGAGCAACUCGCUGAUGCCGUGCGGGUUACCAUGGGACCCAAGGGGCGGCAAGUGGUGAUAGAGCAGUCGUACGGCUCACCCAAGAUCACCAAGGACGGGGUGACGGUGGCGAGGAGCAUCGAGUUCAAGGACAAGCUCAAGAACCUCGGCGCCAGCCUCGUCAAGCAGGUCGCGUCCACCACCAACGACACCGCGGGCGACGGCACCACGUGCGCGACGGUGCUCACGCGCUCCAUUCUGCUCGAGGGGUGCAAGUCCGUGGCCGCGGGCAUGAACGCCAUGGACUUGCGGAGAGGGAUCUCGCUGGCCGUGGAGCGCGUGAUUGAGCUGCUCAAGGAGCGAUCCAGGCGGAUCAGCACUUCGGAGGAGAUCGCCCAGGUCGGCACCAUCUCGGCCAAUGGCGAGAGGGAGAUUGGAGAUUUGAUUGCGCGGGCCAUGGAGAAGGUCGGCAAGGAGGGCGUCAUCACUGUCGCGGAUGGCAAGACACUCUAUAACGAGUUGGAGGUGGUGGAGGGAAUGAAGUUCGACCGUGGCUACAUCUCGCCCUACUUUAUCACCAACCCCAAGACGCAGAAAUGCGAGCUAGAGAACCCCUUGGUGCUGGUGCAUGAGAAGAAGAUCGCGGGUCUCAGCUCCAUUCUGCCCGUCCUCGAAAUCGCCCUCAAGUACCAGCGCCCGCUGCUGAUCAUUGCAGAGGACGUGGAGAGCGAGGCAUUGGCGACGCUGGUGGUGAACAAGCUGCGGGCGGGGCUCAAGGUGUGUGCAGUGAAGGCGCCCGGGUUCGGCGAGAACAGGAAGAACAACAUGAUUGACAUCGCCACGCUCACUGGCUCCCAGCUGAUUAGCGAGGACCUGGGGUAUUCAUUGGAGAAGGUGGACGUGUCACACCUGGGGUCUGCCAAGAAGGUGACGAUAUCAAAGGACGACAGCAUUAUUCUGGAUGGAGCUGGCGACAAGAAGGCCCUGGAGGAGCGGUGCGAGCAGAUCCGAGAGGCAGUGGCCAACGCCACGUCAGACUAUGACAAGGAAAAGCUGCAGGAGCGCCUGGCGAAGCUGUCUGGCGGUGUGGCUGUGCUCAAGAUCGGCGGUGCGAGCGAGGUGGAGGUGGGGGAGAAGAAGGAUCGGGUGACGGACGCUCUGAACGCCACCAAGGCCGCCGUGGAGGAGGGCAUCGUGCCGGGCGGCGGUGUGGCUCUGCUCUACGCCUCCAGGGACCUUGACACCCUCACUGCGGAGAAUUUCGACCAGAAAGUGGGCAUCCAGAUCAUCAGAGACGCGCUCAGGACGCCAGCGCUGACCAUUGCGAACAACGCAGGGGUGGAGGGGGCGGUGAUCGUGGGCAAGCUGCUGGAGCAGACCAACCUCGACUGGGGCUACGAUGCUGCCAAGGGCGAGUAUGUGGACAUGGUGAAGGCGGGCAUCAUUGAUCCUCUCAAGGUAAUCCGCACGGCGCUCGUGGAUGCGGCCAGUGUGGCGUCCCUCAUGACCACCACCGAGGCUGUUGUCGUUGACCUUCCGGAAGACCCCAAGCCCAGCCCCAUGGGUGGCAUGGGCGGCAUGGGUGGCAUGGGCGGCAUGGACUACUAG